CACGUUUCACGUGAAAAUGUCACGCAAAACAAGUGUUGUUAUUCUGCGUGUUUUAUUUUGUGUCCUCCCAGCAGACGACGAGGCUUCCCCGGGUGUUAAUGGGAGCAGCGGGAGGAGGGGGCGAGGCGAGAGGGAGACUCCUCAUUCUGCCGCCGACCAUAUAAGGGCACUUCCGGCGGGUGACCUGAGGUGGGCCUUGUGGUUGCCAGGUAACCAAGUUUGUGGGUUGUUUCACGUUACCACUCCUCUCCUCUGGCUGCGUCUCGGCUGCCAUUGCUGCCCCGGACCCCUGACCCGCCAGCACCUGCAGGAUUUCAACCCGCAGCACUCCAGCUCCCAGACAAGAAGAAGUGUCCAAAGAGUGAGGAUGCAGACGCUGCUGGUGAAGAUCUCCUGCUCCACCAUCCUGCUUCUGGUGCUCACGUCCUCCGUCUGCUCACAGUCAGACUGUUCUCAAGCCCGGUCAUGUGACCUGUGUGUUGGCGACUCCAUGCUCAACCUGACCGGCUGCGUCUGGAAGCUUUGUCCUGAUGGUAACGACACAGGCGGGUGUGUGUUCGACAAGGGAAAUGUGGCGGACAGCUCCGGGAAUUGCAGCUGGACCCGGGUGUCGGAGUUGUGCUCAGUGGUGGAGACGGUGGCUGAAAAAGGAGGAGGUGACUCAGGUGACGGCGGGAAGGCGGAGGCCAGGCCGCGGUUCUCUCAGGCCAAGUUCAGCAUGUCCAGCUUCAUCGGCGGCGUGGUGCUGGUCUUGUGUCUGCAGGCCGCCGGCGUCCUCGCCAUGCGCGUCCUCAAAUCCAAGGAGCAGAGCACCUACGACCCCAUAGAGCAGCCUCAGUGAGACGUGGAGCCGGGAAUGAGUCAUGGAGUUGUGACGACAACACACCCUUUUCUCAUUGGUCCACCCUCCAAAUACUACUUUGGUGUGUUUUUUCUUCUUCUUUUUUUUUAAGUCACGAGCCUGAUUUUUGUAAAUGAGCUAAAACUACUUUGGAUGUGUUGAGCUGUGAAUACUUUAGUGUAGUUGACGUUUGUUCUGCUGCUGUGCUUUGUGUGUGUGUGUGUGUGUGUGUGUGUGUGUGUGUGUGUGUUCUUGUAUUUCUACCCUUCUUGAGACAUGAAGAAGGAAAAGUAUCUUCCAUAUAAGGAGGUGUGACAUAAAUCAUGGUCCCAAUAACAUUGCAUCUAAUAGAUUUGAAGUGAAGUGAAUGAUAUUUAUAUAGCGCUUUUUCUCUAGUGACUCAAAGCGCUUUUACAUAGGGAAGCCCAAUAUCUAGGUUACAUUUAAACCAGUGUGGGUGGCACUGGGAGCAGUGUCUUGCCCAAGGACACAACGGCAGUGACUCGGAUGGCGGAAGCGGGAAUCGAACCUGGAACCCCUCAAGUUGCCGGCACGGCCGCUCUACCAACCGAGAGCUAUGCCGCCCCUGGUCGUGAAAUCUAUGCAAAAAAAAAAAAAAAGGAGGGAUUUUUCAAAUUGACUGUGUGUCGGUUUCAAAAGUGCUCCCCUCUCUGGUCAACAUAUGAAAUAACAAGUGUGUGUAAGAAAUUGAAAUGCGCCCCCUCUGGCCAACAUAUGAAAUAACAAGUGUGUGUACAAAUGUGAAGUGCUCCCCCUCUGGUCAACAUAUGAAAAAACAAGUGUCUAUUAAAAUGUGAAGUGCUCCCCCUCUGGUCAACAUACGAAAUAACAAGUGUGUGUAAGUGUUGGAAUAAUUGUUUGUAAGUUAUCACAAAAGAAACGUUGUAUUACAUUAUGUUCCUGAUAAGAAGAUGAAGGCUGUCUUUUGAGGCCUAACAAGAGGAAGAAGGCUCGUGAAACUCCACUGUGAUUUCAACACGGACAGAUGGCAGGAUCUGCUCAACUUCCAGAGGAACUCUCUUUGAAGUGUUAAACGAACUCUCUUUGAAGUGUUUCACAAACUCUCUUCCAACUAUUUGGUAACGGAGGUCAACGCUAUUUACGACCCGCUGCCCUCUUGAAGUCGCUGUGGUCAGGAGACGGGAGGGGUUAUCCAUUGUCUUCCAACACCUGCCCCAGCUGGAUCCAGGAAGAGCCCAAGCCCGAGACAUCCUCUUCUUGGUCUUCAAUGUGACCGAAAACAAUGACUGUUUUACAUACUUCCCAUUCCUGCUGAGACAUGUGUUGGUGCGUGAACAUUGAACAUCUAAAUAAAAGAGGAGACGAAAACCUUCUUCGUCAGAGCGUGCUAAGACACUGUAAGAGGUUACAGGUUGACGCCGUCUCUCCUCAAUUGAGUCCAAAUUGAAUUCUGUCUCUGUUUGAUUCCUUGCCUUUUGUCUUGUUUAAUAGAUGUCCUCAGUGUUUGAAUGUGACAGUAAGAAUUUGAAAUGGGCCCCCUCUGGCCAACAUAUGAAAUAACAAAUGUGUGUAAAAAUGUGAAGUGCUCCCCCUCUGGUCAACAUAUGAAAUAACAAGUGUGUGUAAGAAAUUGAAAUGCGCCCCCUCUGGCUAACAUAUGAAAUAACAAGUGUGUGUAAAAAUUUGAAGUGCUCCCCCUCUGGUCAACAUAUGAAAAAACAAGUGUGUAUUAAAAUGUGAAGUGCUCCCCCUCUGGCCAACAUAUGAAAUAACAAGUGUGUGUAAAAAAUUUGAAGCGCUCCCCCUCUGGCCAAUAUAUGAAAUAACAAGUGUGUGUAAAAAUUUUAAGCGCUCCCCCUCUGGUCAACAUAUGAAAAAACAAGUCUGUAUUAAAAUGUGAAGUGCUCCCCCUCUGGUCAACAUAUGAAAUAACAAGUGUGUGUAAGAAAUUGAAAUGCGCCCCCUCUGGCCAACAUAUGAAAUAACAAGUGUGUGUAAGAAAUUGAAAUGCGCGCUCUCUGGCCAACAUAUGAAAUAACAAGUGUGUGUAAAAAUGUGAAGUGCUCCCCCUCUGGUCAACAUGUGAAAUAACAAGUGUGUGUAAAAAAUUUUAAGCGCUCCCCCUCUGGCCAAUAUAUGAAAUAACAAGUGUGUGUAAAAAUGUGAAGUGCUCCCCCUCUGGUCAACAUGUGAAAUAACAAGUGUGUGUAAAAAAUGUUUAAGCGCUCCCCCUCUGGCCAACAUAUGAAAUAACAAGUGUAUGUAAACAUUUGAAGUGCGCCCCCUUUGGCCAACAUUAAUUAAAAAAAAAAAAAAAAUGUGUAUAGAGACAUACUGUAAUAACUUGAAGUAAAUAAUGAAGAUUAAAAACAAAAAAUUCAUUCAAAAAACUAAAACCGUACCUUUUUUAUAUUUGCAUAGUAUGUAUAUAUUAUUAAUGUUGUAAAUACAAAUAUGUAUAUAUCUAGAAAGGGUGGUCCUAAAAAGGUAGGCAUUUUUCGGAGGUCUCAAGAAGGUAAGAAAUACAAGAAUGUGUGUUUGUGUUGUUUUGUGUCGCUCAACUGAAAUGUUUGGAUUUGGCAAAAAAAUAAGAAAAAACCCAAAGU